UCUCUCUCUCUCUCUCUCACACACCCACACACACACACACACUCACAGACAGCUUGCUUCUCUCGUGUUUCGCUCACUCCCAUUUCUUCCCAUUUUCAACAACCAUUGUCUUUACGCUUUCCACCUCCGACGUCAUUUUUCCCCAAACAAAAACCAUCCUCCUUUUUCCCUAGUAAGACAAAUCUUCAGGUGAGCACCCGACGUCUGAAGCAACCAAUUACCAAAUUUCAGCUUAACAAGGUCGUACCAUCGGAUCUGCACAUGAAUCUCCACGAAAAUGUCGCUACGGCAUUGUGCUUUAAUUCCGUGAUUCUUCAAUACUCAGUAGAAAACAGGUCUUCGUUCGAGUGUUUUCAGAGUAUUAGUUGUACGACAUUCAGGAGGAUGUGUUUAGUCAUGGGAUCCUAAUGAGAAAUGAUUAGUAUUUCUGGCAGCACAGCCGUAAAAUAUUGAACCAGCAAGGCCUGCACACUUGAGUUUCAUACAUCUCUUAUUGAAUAACUCUCCAUGAGAAUCUGCUCUACUUUUCCUUUGCUUUCUUCCAUCAUUCUUGUUAUCACGCUCCUACCCCUAACUCUUGCCGACCUCAAUUCGGAUAAACAAGCUCUUCUCACCUUUGCUGCUUCUGUGCCUCAUAGUCGGAAACUCAACUGGAACCUUUCUAGCAAUAUUUGCACAUCUUGGGUAGGCAUCAAUUGCACUUCAGAUGGCACUCGUGUGGCUUCCCUUCGGCUCCCUGGCAUUGGAAUGGUGGGCCCCCUCCCCGCCAACACUCUUGGAAAGUUGGACGCCCUAAGGGUACUCAGCCUUCGUUCCAACCUCCUCAAUGGAAAUCUACCUUCCGAUAUCCCCUCCCUGCCUUCCCUACAGUACCUCUUCCUCCAACGUAAUAACUUCACUGGUUACAUUCCGACCACCUUUUCCCCCACACUCAAUGUUUUGGAUCUCUCAUUCAAUUCCUUUGCAGGCGUCAUUCCACCAACGAUUCAGAACUUGACAAAACUCACUGGACUGAGUCUCCAAAACAACUCGCUUUCUGGAAGCAUUCCCAAUGUCACCCUUCCAAAACUCAAGCAUUUGAAUUUAAGCUACAACCAUCUUAAUGGCUCUAUUCCAUCUUCUCUUCAAAAUUUCCCAAAUUCUUCAUUUGUCGGAAACUCUCGGUUAUGUGGUCUCCCGCUAAUUCCAUGCUCCCCAAUAUCCCCUUCACCUCCCGCACCUACAUUCUUUCCUCCUCCUGGAGCCCCUCACUCUGGAAAGAAACUCGCAAGGGGGGUUAUCAUUGCCAUUGCAGCCGGAGGGUCUGUGCUUCUGUUUCUGGUCAUUCUAAUCAUAUUCCUGCUUUGUUUGAAAUCAAAAGGUAGUGAGCGUAGCAAUGAGUUGAAACGAAAGCCUUCUGUGAGGAGCGAGAAGCCAAAGGAGGAAUUUGGGAGUGGGGUGCAGGAACCUGAAAAGAACAAGCUGGUUUUCUUCGAAGGAUCUUCUUACAAUUUUGAUCUUGAGGAUUUAUUGAGGGCUUCAGCGGAGGUCUUGGGUAAGGGAAGUUAUGGGACUGCAUAUAAGGCUGUUUUGGAGGAGGCGACGACAGUGGUUGUCAAAAGGUUGAAAGAAGUGGUGGUGAGUAAAAAGGACUUUGAGCAGCAAAUGGAGAUUAUAGGUAGAGUUGGGCAGCACUCAAAUGUUGUGCCUCUUCGUGCUUAUUAUUACUCCAAGGAUGAGAAGCUCCUGGUUUAUGAUUACUUCCAAGGUGGCAGCUUGUCUACGCUCUUGCAUGCAAACAGGGGCACUGAAAGAACUCCAUUAGAUUGGGACUCAAGAGUAAAGAUUUCCCUCGGAGCCGCAAGGGGUAUUGCUCAUAUCCACUCCGUUGGUGGCACAAAAUUUACUCAUGGAGACAUCAAGGCCUCAAACAUCCUCCUCAACCAAGACCUAGACGGCUGUGUUUCUGAUUUUGGUCUAUCCCCUAUAAUGAACUUCCCUCCCAAUCCACCUCGACACGCAGGCUAUCGUGCGCCUGAGGUGAUCGAAACCCGAAAGCACACCCACAAAUCCGAUGUUUACAGCUUCGGUGUGGUCCUACUUGAGAUGCUGACAGGAAAACAACCACUCCAGUCACCAGGGCCUGGACGUGACGACAUGGUGGAUCUCCCUAGGUGGGUCCAGUCAGUAGUGAGGGAGGAGUGGACGGCUGAGGUUUUUGAUGUAGAGUUGAUGAGGUUUGAUAACAUUGAAGAGGAGAUGGUGCAGAUGCUGCAGAUUGCAAUGGCAUGUGUUGUAAGGGAGCCGGACAUGCGACCAGAUAUGGGGGAAGUUGUUCGGAUGAUUGAAGAGAUACGGCAAUCCGACUCGGAGAACCGGACGUCUCCGCCGGAAGAGGGCAAAUCAAAAGAGGGGUCACCUAGCGGGCAGACUCCAUGAUUGAAUUGUAUCCUACAUUGCUAGAGUAAUGUUUUCCCCUUUGCUUAAACCUCACAUGCAUGUAUUGCUUCAAAGUGUUUUUUUUCCCUUUUUGGGUGCUUCAGAAAUAUUGCUUCAAAGCGUGUGAAUCCAUUCAAUUGUGUGAUUUUUCCUUAGAAA